AUCAGUGCUGGGACAUCUAAUAUGGAGAACGGAAUCCGCGCGGAAGCUGCGCCGUCACUGAGAUGACCACGUGCCAGUAUUAAAUAUGGCGGCCCUGCUGGAUGACGUCAGUAAUAAGCGCCACCCUGUGACGUAGUGUACAGGGGCCGGCGAGACGGUGUGAGUGGUAACAUGACGGACCCGGCGGUACUGACUGAAGUCCCGGCGGUGCUGAAGCGUCUGGCCAAGUACGUGGUUCGCGGUUUUUACGGUCUGGAGCACGCGCUGGCGCUGGACAUCCUGAUCCGGAAUCCCUGUGUGAAGGAGGAGGACAUGCUGGAGCUGCUGAAGUUCGACCGCAAACAACUGCGCGCCGUGCUCAACACCCUGAAGGGCGACAAGUUCAUCAAGUGCCGCAUGCGGGUGGAGACCGCCUCCGACGGGAAGACCACCCGCCACAACUACUACUUCAUCAACUACCGCCUGCUGGUCAACGUGGUGAAGUACAAGCUGGACCACAUGAGGCGGCGGAUAGAGACCGACGAGAGGGACUCAACCAACCGCGCGUCAUUCCGCUGCCCCAACUGCUGCAGCACCUUCACCGACCUGGAGGCCAACCAGCUGUUCGACCCCAUGACCGGUACGUUCCGGUGCACGUUCUGCCAGACUGAGGUGGAGGAGGAUGAGUCUGCGAUGCCCAAGAAGGACGCCCGCACCCUGGUCGCCCGAUUUAAUGAACAGAUAGAACCCAUCUACGCCCUGCUCCGGGAGACCGAGGACAUCAACCUGGCCCACGAGAUCCUGGAGCCCGAGCCCACCGAGAUCCCCUCCCUCAGACAGAGUAAGGACAGAGCCGCGGCCGCCGGACCCUCCGGUCCCCUAAAGGAAGCCUGGGCCAAGGGUCCCUCGUAUGAAGACCUGUACACCCAGGAUGUGGUCAUCAGCAUGGAGGAGCAAGAGGACCGGCAGAGGGCGGCCACCGAGGGCAAACCCGUGAAAGAGCGCCCCAUCUGGCUGCGGGAGAGCACCGUGCAGGGCGGAGCCUACAGUGAACCCGCCGAUAUUAAAGAUGGUCUGGAGGCGGAGUCCUUCCACGAGGAGAGCCGCCAGUUGGACGAGAAUGAAGAGGUGAUGCAAGCACUGCUCAUCCACGAGAAGAAGAGUGCGGCUGCCGCCGCCGCCGUCUCCGCCUCUGCCAACACGACGGUAACCGCCGGCAGCGACUCAGACAGCGACACCAGUGAAUCGGAUCAAGACAGUCCGGUGGCCCGGCACCCCGUUGCUGUAGCGUCCCGCCUGGUUGAGGUGGACGGCGACGAGGAUGAUGAGUUCGAGGAGGUAUCGGCAGACCCUACGGUGACGGUGGGCGGGCGGCCGUACCUGUACAGCGAGGUCAGCCAGCGCCCAGAACUGGUGGCACAGAUGACCCCACAGGAGAAGGAGGCCUACAUAGAGAUGGGGCAGAGGAUGUUUGAAGACAUGUACGACUGAGCCGCAUGGGUGGCUGCCAUGUUGUAUCCCAGAUUGUCCCUCGCGCCACCGGUGGUCGCCGCCAUUUUAUUCGUAUAUUUCUAAUUCAUUUUUUAGUUCAGGGAGGGACAUUUAAUUUAUUGAUAAACCAGCUAUCCCACCCCGCAGCUGACACCGGCCCAUUGGGUAUUGGGAACGACCCACCUUUACAUCAGUCAUGUGACUAGUGAGAGACAAAAAAAAGGACGGGAAUUCCCCUUACUUUAUCUGCAGGAGGAAAGGACAGGGAAUUCCCCUAACCUCAUUCACAGGGGGGCGGGGGGAAAGGACCAGAAUUCCCCUAACCUCAUCCGCAGGGGAACAGGACAGGGAAUUCCCCAAACCUCAUCCGCAGGUUUUUACUUGGUUUUAUACGUUUUUAUUGUAUGACGAGCGCAAGGAUUUAUUUUAAGCCUCUCUCUUCUUCCUAUCCCUCUCCCAGAUAAAGCAGAGACCAGCAGGGGGCACUCUGGUACCACUUAUAGCAGUAUUAUCCCCAAUCUGGUGCCAUAAAUCGCUACUUGAAUGAAUUUAUUGCCGAUUUUUGGAUAUUUUUUUCACCCUAGUUCUGUAACCUCAAUUCUCUAUAUGGAUCUUUGGCUGCUUGCAACACUACAACUCCCAGUAUGCCGCGAGUUGUAGUUUUGCAACAGCUGGAGAGCCACAGUUUGAAGAGCACUGUCCUAGAAGAAUCGCCCAUGACAGUCUCUGAUUGGUCACUGCAGGUCACAUGGUUCCUUCUCUUCUUUUCGUACUUGAGAAUCCAAGAUGGCGGCUUCAGUCAUUGGCAUUUUUCCAUUUUGGCGAGAGAAUCUGACAACAUUUAGCGCCUGUACUCAUUCGCUGAUCUGUGGUUUUUGCAAGAUUUCUGUGAAUUGUUCUUAAAUUUAUUUUACAUUUUUAUUUUCUGAAAUAAAAUGUUUUUGUAUUUGUAA